AUGAGUGGCGGCAAGAGCGCGUCAGCAGAGCCUACCACGAGCCAUGUCUGUGUCGUCAAGGUCGAAAUCACCAAGUGCAAAGACACUAGCUCUCUGAAUGGCUUCGCCAAGCCUGCUGUACAAUUGAGUGAAUCUGGACAAAUGAUCAGUUCCUUCUUGGGCGCGAACGAGCACGCUCAUACUAUGGAACUAUUGCCGUACACAUGGUCUUCUCCGUCCAGGUCUCCAGUGGAAAAUGGUCCGAUGACACUCGUUGUUGCCGCACCGUGCAACCACGAAGACUCCACCACCCCUCGCAGUCAAUGA